AUGGCCAGUACGACUAAGGCGUUCACCGCAGCGGCCAUGUCCCUGGUUAUCAAUGACAUCAAUAACCACCACGGAGAGAAUAGCACUAGAAUGGCCACGACAGCAGACCAGAUCCACUGGAGGACACCCCUAGCAUCUAUUAUCCGCGAAGACUUUGUCCUCGAGGACAAGUACACCACAGCACAGAUCACCAUCGAAGACGCUCUUUCCCACCGCUCAGGCAUACCCGAUCAUAUCCGCCACUAUGGUGGAACGGGAGCAUCGCCCGGCAGCAUCAAAGACGCAGUCCGCAUCUUGCGAUAUCUCCCAGCUACAGCCGAGCUGCGCACAAAAUACAUGUAUAACAAUCUCAUGUAUACAGCGGUCUCCCAUGCUAUUGAGACCCUCACGGGGGAGAACCUCGGGACAUUCCUGCUUCAACGCGUGUGGACGCCCCUCCACAUGGACAGCACUUACUGGACACGUGAUGAUGCGCAGGCUGGCGACAAUAUCCUAGCACAGGGCUACACCUGGAACGCGAACAAAAGCGAAUAUACCCCCGAACCAUGCCCCGACAUCAUCGGCGGAUCUGGCGCUGGUGCCAUGAUCAGUAGUGUCGUCGACUAUGCGCAGUGGAUUCGAUGUAUGAUAACAUGUAGCGGGCCCCUGAGCAAAAAUGCACAUGCAGCGCUCAUACAACCACGUACGAUUAUUGCUGAGGACCCGACGAAUAUGUUCCCCGGUACGCAUUUGUAUGCACUUGGCUGGACACGGGAUAACUACCAUGGUGAAGAUAUCAUCUGGCACGAUGGUAGUGUUGCUGGUUAUGGAUGCACAAUGAUGUAUCUUCCACGACGGCAGUGGGGCUUGGUCAUGGCAGGGAACACUACGCUGACGAGCAAUAUCGUGCAGGUAGUGCUGUAUAUGCAUCUACUGGAUCAGGUGCUUGGAAUCCCAUCCCACGAUCGGGUGGACUGGCAACAGCAGAUUUCAGAGAGAAUUGCCACAUGGAGGGAGAAGCAGGCACAUGCGAAGGACCUUUUAUACCCUAGGUUGCCUGUCGUACCAAUACCGCCUACGCUCGGAGUUUGGGAGUAUGCGGGCCUGUACGAGCAUCCGGGGUAUGGUAGGCUGGAGCUCAGGGUGGAUAUAGAUGGUUUCGGCCUCGAUGCGGAUCGACUGACGUGUGAGGUGCCGAUUGUGAUCUUAAUGGAGCAUGUAAGUGGGGAGUUCUGGUUGGCAUCGCUGAGGGAGAGAAACCAGGACCCUCGCGAUCAUGAAAGGGUGCGAGCGGAGUUUCGAAUUGGUGUAAAGGGCUUAGUGAGCGAGGUGGGAAUAGACUUGGAGCCGGAAAUGAACGGCGAGAAGAUUUGGUUUCAAAGAAUAGAUUUAGAUAUAUAG